UUGUUAUAUUCAAAUCUCGGACUUUUGGUAUGGAAUCAAAGUAAACAAUCACUUUAUUAUUGAAUGAGAAUAAAAACAUAGUUUGUAUAAAACCAGAGCCUAUGACGAAUUGCGAAUAUUUUCAUUUGAGUCGUAGGAGAGUUUGGCUGAGCAAUAUGGAAUCAAGCUGGCGAGCAGCUGUAAUCUGGUUGUGCGUUGUGUUGCUCGCAUCCCAAGGCAUCGCCAUACCUACGCGAGAUCUUUCAAAGGCAGAUUUGAAGGAAGACGAGAUUGAAAUAGAGGAGAAAAGAAGCGAUGGAAUCGAAAAUGAUAAAAAUCCGUUUGAUAUGAUUCAGAGACUCAAUACUGAAAAAGACUUAACAGCCUUAUACGAAGGAGACAUCGCGGUAAUUCCAAAAAAGACAAAAGUAUCUGACAUACCUGGUGGCCAAGAGAUGUUGCAAGACGCAAUAAAUGAGAAAAGAAAUACAGUCGACGACAAACGUAAUCUAUGGGUUGGAAAAGUAGUACCUUACGUGAUUCAACCGGAAUUGGACCACGUUAAAGACCUGAUUGGCCAAGCUAUUGGUGACAUCCAAAACAACAGCUGCAUUGUUUUCAAGCAGCGAGACGCCGAGCAACAGUAUCUGAAGUUCUUCUUGGGCAGCGGGUGCUGGUCUUACGUUGGAAGGUACUUCGGUGGCAUAAAUGAAAUAUCUAUAGGAAACGGCUGCAAUCAGAAGGGAAUUAUCAUACAUGAAGUACUUCACGCUCUCGGUUUCUGGCACGAACAAUCACGAGGAGACAGGGAUAAAUUCAUCGAAAUAUUUUGGGAUAACAUUCGGUCAGGCGUGGAAUCAAAUUUUCAAAAAAACACAAAGCACGAGAUGCUUGUCAACUAUGACUACGACAGUGUGAUGCAUUAUGGUUCGUACGCAUUUUCUGCAAACGGGAAGAAGACCAUAGUGCCAAUUGCUAACCCAAGUGCCGUCAUUGGUCAAAGGAACGGACUGAGUCCCAAAGACAUAACAGAGCUCAAUGUUCUUUAUGACUGUCAAAGUAAAUCAAUAGAUUACUACAGCACAUGGGGCAACUGGAAGCCCUGUGACUCACUCUGCUACAAAGAGAGGCAACGGUUUUGCAGCCAUGUUGACUUGUCAAAAUGCCCAGCUGUUGAUGCGUAUGGUGUUGAAUCGGAAAGAGUGCAAUGCGCACAAAGUGAAUGUAACGCGCCAAUCGCCGGGAACUGGGGACGCUGGUCGUCUUGGAGCCCUUGCAGUAAAACAUGUGAUGCGGGGGUAAUUACCAGAACCCGUGUUUGCAAUGACCCAGCACCCAAAAAUGGAGGGAGCGACUGCGUUGGCCAAUCGACAAUGUCAAGUAUCUGCAAAAUAAAAAGCUGUAAUUUGGGGCCAGAUGACUGUGAAUUUGAAAAUGGCAUGUGUGGAUGGGUGAAUGAGACAACAGGGGAUCAAUUGGAUUGGCAAAGGCUGGCUGGAGGAACACCCAGCGCUGGAACUGGACCAACCGGUGAUCACACUUCAGGACAAGGGUCAUACGUCUACAUGGAGGCAUCAAGUCCAGCUUAUUCGGGUCAGAAAGCAAUUUUAACAAGCAAGUUGAUGGGCGGGUCUUCCUCUGGAAAGAAGUGUCUUUCUUUCUGGUAUCAUAUGUUGGGUGCAGCAAUGGGAUCAUUGAAAGUCAAUUCUGUGGAUACAGUCACUGGGACAACUCUACUCAAAACGAUCUCGGGAGAUCAAGGCAACCAAUGGAAAAACGAAGAAAUCGUUUUUAGCACACCAAAUCAUUUUAAGAUACAAUUCGUAGCGGAGAGGGGCUAUGGAUAUGAGAGUGAUAUUGCCAUCGACGACAUUUUUUUCAAAGAUGGUUCUUGUAAGCCAGAAGAUAACCCAUUGGGGAUGGAAGACAAAAGCAUCAAGAAUUAUCAGCUUUCAUCGUCGAGUGACUGGGAUUUGAACCACCUUCCAUUCUAUGCUAGACUGAACCAACCAGGGUCAUUGCAAUGGUGUGCAAGUUGGAAUAAACAUGGAACAGAUCAGUUUAUAAGGGUUGAUUUUGACAAGAGGCAAGUCAUUUCUGGAGUUUCUGUUCAAGGCCAAGCGACAUGGGACAAUUGGGUGACAAGUUACAAGAUAAAAUACACAGAAGAUGGAUACUUGUGGAAGACAUUGCAAGAAAAUGGAAUCGAUAAGAUAUUCACCGGCCCAACAUCAAGAAACACUCCAGUAAAACACAAAUUUACUACAAGCCUAAAAGCAUUUGGUAUUAUUGUGAAUCCACAAACAUUUCAUGGCAACGACAUUUGUUUGCGAAUUGAGCUCUACGGAUAUGAGGAUUCAACACAGCCAGCAAUCCCAACAGGUUGUAUCGACAAUGUCAGGCCUCUUGGCAUGGCCUCUGGACGGAUACUGAACUCGCAGAUAACUGCAUCCUCGAUUUAUGACUUGAAUCACAAAGGUUACGAAGCUAGGCUGAAUAAUUACAAAGUAUGGUGCACUUACAACAACAAUGCCAUGCAAUAUGUGCAGGUUGACUUGGGGAAAAUAAUGCAAGUAUUCGCAGUGGCAACACAAGGACAUCCAACAUGGGACAACUGGGUUACAAGCUAUGAAGUCACAUACAGUGAGAACGGCAACCUUUAUUAUGAUAUACUCCAGGCAGCCGGGACAUGGACCAGAGCCGUGUUCACAGGCAACCGAGACAGGCAUAGUAUUGUGAAAAACAAGCUGCCUUCACCUAUCCGCGCAAGAUACAUCCGAAUUCAUCCCAAGACAUACUUUGGACAUGAUACAUGUCUGCGAGCUGAAUUUUACGGAUGUGAUGCUGCCUAGACUCGAGAUAAAUUAACCGAACACUUAUAAAUUAAUUCUAUUUAUUCAUGGUUUCUUUCAUCACUGAAUUAUUAUACAAUAUUAAAAAAACAAUUUUUCGGGUCAUGUUAUGGCUUGUGUGGUUAAUUGCCGGUUACAAAUUAUUUGAAAUAAUAAGAGAGCUAAAA